AUGGAGCAUCCCAAGUUCAUAGCUCGGGUUCAACUCACUCUUACAGCCAUUAAGGGUUGUAUUAUGACGAAGGCGUGGAAGCAAAGGCUCCACAAUGAAUGGUCUGAUGAUGAUAUUCUGAUGAAUAUCUAUAAGUACACUCUCCCGUCAGUCCGAGACUUACUGAACGAUGAAAAUCCCCCCAGCUAUGACAGCUUGUUGGCCCUUGAGUGGGUCGAGACGCUUCAUAUGGGCGUUUACAUCAAGCUCAUUUAUCCUAAGACUGGCACCGACCGACAUGUUUACGUCGGGUCAGCAACAUCUCAGUUCGGAGGCUUGGCUUCGCGUCGUGAAACACACGAGAGACCUGUUCGUCCAGGGGAAACAUCAUAUCACCGAAACUUGUUACUUGCGCAACCCAAGCCGAUUGUGAAGUUUUGCACUCUUUUCCAGAUGCCACAAGGCCUCAGCAGCAAAGAUGCCAACCAUACCCGGAGACUAUGUAUCCUAGCCGAAGCAAUCUACUGCAGCUUACUCGGUGGAUAUAUGUCAAGGGUCUCCUACGAACUCCGGAAUGCCUGCCCUUUUGGAUUCCCAACCUCUGUCUUUAAUUGGCACGGUGCCUGUUCCCAUACAUGUCUCACGGAAGGGCAACGUGACCACUGGACUAUCAGCGAUGCUGCGCUCGAUGAAAUCAUUCAGGCAACUAGUACGGAGACGCUCGAAGACAGUGAGCUUCGAGUAGCAUUGCGCCGGACGCGAAAUAAACUUGCCACGAGGCUCAAACGUGCGAAGUAUCGCGAGUCAGAAGAGGCGUACGCACGGUAUCUAGCUAGAAACAGAGAGUAUAUGAGAGAAUACCGCCGGAUUCAUUAUGAUGAAUUACAUAAACAUGAUGCUGAGCUGCCUGAACAUGUCAAGGCGGCUAGGCGAUGUCGUAAAAAGGUGCAAAUGAGAGGGUACCGGGCGAGGAACGCUUUGCUCAACCCGAAACCGAAGCAUAUUGUGCCUGCGAAGAACAGAGUACGGAACGACCAACGGAAGAUCUUGCGAGCUAGCGAUCCACUUCAGAAAAUGAAGGCCAAAUUGCAGAUGAGGGUCAGUCGAGCGCGACAGGAGUAUCGAAAGCAAACCACUCAAGUUGGACAAGCCACUGCGGAAGUCCGGCUCGCUGUGGCUGAGGUUAAACGCUUCAAAUUUAACCAGAAGCAGGGGAUAGCUUUGAAGGACAUACCUUCAGCUCGGUCCUUUGAGUUGGCUCAGACUGUUGACGACUCUAGUGAUGAUAACUCUGAUGCUGAUCUCAGAACUGGUUCCAGGGUACUCGAUCUUGAAGAACAUGUUAUGAUCAAGAACGAGCCUGAAUCGCGUGACGACGCCCCUUAUCAGUCUGGGUAUUUCUGUGAUGACGAGUCCAGUGACGAAGGUCCUGACGCUGAUACCAAAGCUGAUACCGAAGCUGAUUCCGAAGCUGAUUCCGAAGAAUUCGACUUCGAUGAAUAUGUCACAAUCAAGGACGACCUUGAACCCUACGACGACUUCUCUUAUCAGUCCGAAUAUUUCUCUGAUGAUGAGUCCACCGACGCCGGUCCUGACUCUGAUAUCGAAACUGAUUCCGGAGAGUUCGAGCUUGAAGAACAUGUUAUAAUCAAGGAAGAUCCCGAAUCACACGACAACCCCCCUUAUAAAUCCGAACAUUUCUCUGAUGUCGCCAACGAUGGGACUACUACUGGUACUGAUGUCAAAACUGAUUCCGGAGAGUUCGAUCUUGAAGAACAUGUUAUGAUGAGGAAUGUUCCACCGAAACCCCCGAGCCCUUCGGCCCCUCUCCGUCAACUUCCAAUGCUUAAACGCCAGAACACUCCGCGAUUGCCCCCAAGGCCUAAACGUGCAAAGAAGACGACGUUUCACAAACCACCGACGACAGUGAACCCCUGGACUAUCGCUAAGGGUGCAGGGAAAUAA